UUUAGUGCAAUUUUACCCUUUUUUAUUAUUAUUUUUAUUUCAACCGCUAUACAGAACUUUUUUUUUGGAACUUAUAGAAUUUUCAUUAUACCCCAUCAAAAUCAAAUCGAGCCUUGUGUUUUGGUAAUCAACCAAAAUGAUACCACCAGACACAUACCUACAUCAAAGCAUCGAUUUGCUUUGAGCUGAGCCCAAGUUUACCUGCAAUGACUUGAGCGACACAAGAACACUCCCGAGUAUUGAUCUCUCUGAGACAUUUAAGCAAGCAGGUAGUGUUCAAAAUCUAAUUGGUUUUCAAAGCCUAACAUCUUUACUGCGUUACAUUAGAGAUCGCGUUUAUAUCAUCUUGGAAUAAGGUUUACCCACUUCUAUUCUUUGUGGUGUUCCAUCUAUCAAUCCCCAUUUAAAAAAAAAAUCAUUUUGUUGAAUCUAAUGAUGCAUUUGUAAAGCAGAGUGAGAAUUGCAUCGAAACAGUUGGAGCAAGGAAUUGAAAGUCGUCUUGCGUUAUUCAUUGUUAUCUAUAAGAAUUUCGUUGCAAAAUGAUUCUGUUUUCGAUUACUUCAAGGCGAUCUAUAUCAACUUUCCCUCAUCUCUUUGAGAGAAUAAAGCAGACAGAAAAUGAAAUUGUCGAAAUGUUCCAGCUGUCUGGUCCAAACGAUGAAUCAAACCCACCCAUGACUCGAACACUUUCACGAAACAACCGAUCAGUACGGACACUGGACGAGAGAUUUAUUAGGAUUUUGAAGAUAUUCAAGUGGGGGCCUGAUGCGGAAAAGGCUUUGGAGGUGCUCAUGCUGAAAGUGGAUCAUCGUUUGGUUCGCGAAGUGUUGAAGAUUGAUGUUGAGGUCAAUGUUAAGAUUCAGUUUUUCAAGUGGGCUGGGAAGAGAAGGAACUUUGAGCAUGAUUCGACCACCUACAUGGCUCUGAUUCGUUGUUUGGAUGAAGCUGGACUGUUUGGUGAAAUGUGGAGGACAAUCCAAGAGAUGGUUAAGGGUACAUGCCUCAUUGGUCCAGCAGAUUUAUCUGAAAUUGUGAAAAUCUUAGGCAGGGCUAAGAUGGUGAACAAAUCACUCUCAACUUUUUACCAAAUUAAAAGUCGAAAGUGCAGACCAACUGCAAGCACUUACAACUCCAUAAUCUUGAUGCUAAUACAAGAAGGUCAUCAUGAGAAGGUUCAUGAGCUUUAUAAUGAAAUGUGUAAUGAAGGUAAUUGUUUUCCCGACACAGUAACAUAUAGUGCACUUAUAUCGGCAUUUGCGAAGUUGGGUCGUGAUGAUUCUGCUACUAGGUUGUUUGAUGAAAUGAGAGAGAACCGAUUACAACCCACUGCAAAAAUCUAUACAACUUUAUUGGGAAUCUACUUCAAGUUGGAUAGGGUUGAAAAGGCUAUAAAUUUAUUUCAGGAGAUGAAAGAGAAGGGAUGUGCACCAACUGUUUAUACUUACACAGAAUUAAUAAAGGGGCUUGGAAAAGCUGGGAGGUUUGAAGAUGCCUACAGUAUAUUUUUGAAUAUUUUAAAAGAGGGUUGUGAGCCAGAUGUCGUACUCAUUAACAAUGUUAUAAACCUUUUAGGUAGGGAGGGUCGUUUGGCUGAUGCUCUUAAGCUCUUUGAUGAUAUGGGAUCCCUGCACUUGACACCAAAUGUGGUGACAUAUAACACCGUCAUUAAAGCUUUAUUUGAAUCCAAAGCCCCUGCAUCUGAGGCUUCUUCAUGGUUUGAGAAAAUGAAGGCUAAUGGCGUUGUUCCUAGCUCUUUUACUUAUUCAAUUCUUAUUGAUGGAUUUUGCAAGACAAAUAGAGUAGAGAAAGCUUUGUUACUGCUUGAGGAGAUGGAUGAGAAGGGUUUUCCUCCUUGUCCAGCUGCCUAUUGCAGUCUGAUCAACGCUCUUGGAAAAGCAAAACGCUAUGAAGCUGCAAAUGAGUUAUUUCAAGAACUUAAGGAGAAUUGUGGAUCUUCUAGUGCUCGAGUAUAUGCUGUGAUGAUCAAACACUUUGGGAAAUGUGGGCGUCUGACUGAGGCUUUAGAUCUUUUUCAUGAGAUGAAAAAACUUGGGUGCACUCCUGAUGUCUAUACAUAUAAUGCACUUAUGUCAGGAAUGGUUAGGGCCGGCAUGAUAGAUGAUGCUCAUUCCUUGCUGCAAACCAUGGAAGAAAAUGGUUGCAUUCCAGACAUAAAUUCGCAGAAUAUAAUUCUGAAUGGUUUAGCUAGGACAGGUGGCCCGCAACGGGCAAUGGAGAUGUUGACAAAGAUGAAGCAUUCAAAGUUAAAGCCAGAUACUGUCUCAUACAACACUGUUCUUGGAUGUCUCAGCCGUGCUGGUAUGUUUGAGGAGGCUGCAAAGCUGAUGGGAGAGAUGCAUUCAAAUGGCUUCCAAUAUGAUCUCAUAACCUACUCGUCAAUACUUGAAGCAGUGGGUAAGAUUGAUGAAGUUCGUGCACAUACAACUCUGUGAAAGAAGGCAUAUGGAGACGAGUAGCAGCUAAGUGAAGGCCUGGUUGUGUCAUUGAGCCCCUGUUCUCAAGUCUGACUACAAGACAUGGCCCAUACAUUUGAUCUGAGAACUUGUUGCAUACUUAAAAGCCAAUGGAAGAUUUUUAAGUUGAUAAAGAAUUUUCUGUUUAUCAACUUACCUUGAGUGGCAGUCUGUUGGCCAUAGGUUUCAAGCUGCAGUAAUGGUUGGGAUCUGACCAAUGUAGAUGACCGUAGCAUGCAUAAGAAGCUUGAAUUGAGUGGAGAAAUUUCAGAGGUGGAUCAAUGCCCUUCUCUCUUCGUCCAAAUGCCUCGGUUCGACUUUUGCUAGUAUCAUAGUGUUUCUGAAUGAAGAUUGGUUGGAGGCUCCCCCAUCUUGAAUUGCCCACAGCAUGCGAUAAAGGUUCAUAGAUCGGGAAUUUGACUGGACCAACCUGUUGAAGCACUGAAGGAUGUUAUAAGCACUGUAGGAUGCUAGAGCAUUGUCGAAAAUGAUCGCACUGUAUGUUCUUUUGGGAAACAAAGGCAGGAGACAUGAAAUUUAAAGAACAUGUACUUACAUUGUGAGAGAACAUGUUCUUACCUUGUGAGUUAUGACUUCUUAGAUAACUUAUGAACUGGUGUUUGGCAAUAUCUAUAGAAUUCAAGUUAAUGGUUACUCUUUGUUUCAA